AUGUCGGAGACGGCUCCAGCCCCCGCUGCGGAAGCAGCACCCGCAGCCCCUGCAGCUGCUGCCAAAGGGGCUGCCAAAAAGGUGAAGAAGGCGGUCGGCGGCUCCAAAGCUCGGAAGCCUGCAGGCCCUAGCGUCACCGAGCUGAUCACCAAGGCUGUGUCCGCCUCCAAGGAACGCAAGGGGCUUUCACUCGCCGCGCUUAAAAAGGCAUUGGCUGCCGGCGGCUACGAUGUGGAGAAGAAUAACAGUCGCAUCAAGCUGGGGCUGAAGAGCCUUGUCAACAAAGGUACCUUGGUGCAGACUAAGGGUACUGGUGCGUCCGGCUCUUUUCGGCUUAGUAAGAAACCGGGAGAGGUGAAAGAAAAAGCUCCGAAGAAGCGAGCGGCUGUGGCUAAACCCAAGAAGCCGGCAGCCAAGAAACCUGCUAGUGCCGCUAAGAAGCCCAAGAAAGCAGUGACGGCGAAGAAGAGCCCCAAGAAAAUGAGGAAGCCGGCGGCCGCUUCGGCCAAGAAGGUGGCCAAGAGUCCCAAAAAGGCGACUAAGGUUGCCAAGCCCAAGAAGGCGGUGGCAGCAGCUAAGAGUCCAGCCAAGGCGAAAACAGUGAAGACCAAAGCAGCUAAGACCAAGGCGACUAAGCCUAAAGCAGCCAAGGCAAAGAGGGCGGCGCCUAAGAAGAAGUAAGUCCCCGUGGAAGAUACUGGCCCCCACUUAAAACCCAACGGCUCUUUUAAGAGCCACCCACCUUCUCUCAAAAAGGGCUGAAAAGGCAAGGAAUGUU